CAGCAGUAUAGUUCGCAUUUGUCCAUCGGUGGAGCAUCACAACUCCAAGUUCAGUUCAGUUUCCGCACCCCCAUAUCACAGAAGCUGCUGGUGCUCACAGAACGCUUGAAUAAUUCGCAUUUGAAACGCGUCCACAACAGCAGCAGAAGAAGCAGCAUUAGCCAUGCGAUUGCUAUUUGGUGUCAUCGCCGUCGUCGUCGUCGCCCUGUUGCACGAUGCAGCAGCCGCGAAACGUGAGGCGCCGCUGAACAACGGCUACCUGCCACCGUCGUCGUCCUCGCCCCAGAGGCCGUCCUCCAAGUACGGAGCACCGCCGCCCAGCUCCUAUCUGCCCCCAGCCUCUGGCCCAGCACCCUCCUUCAAUGCUGGCCCAUCCAGCAGCUAUGGCGCUCCCCCUCAAAGUAGUUCGUCGGGUGGUCCAUAUCCGGCAUCGGCCCCCCGCCCCUCUAGCUCCUAUGGAGCCCCACCGCAGCGACCAUCCUCCAGCUACGGGGCACCGCCCAGUCGUCCCAGCCAAUCGUAUGGACCUCCACCACAGGCCAAGAAGCAUCACCAUCGUCGUCCGUCUUCCAGCUACGGGGCUCCUCGACCAGCACCCCCCUCUUCUUCCUAUGGAGCGCCUGCACCACCCUCAAAAUCUUAUGGCGCACCCGCGCAGCCAUCAUCAUCUUAUGGAGCUCCUGCACCCCCUUCCAAGUCUUAUGGCGCACCCCCGCAGCCAUCUUCGUCUUAUGGAGCUCCUGCGCCACCAUCAUCGUCCUAUGGUGCUCCCGCUCCUCCAUCCUCAAAGUAUGGACCUCCCAAGUCUGCGCCGUCAUCCAGCUACGGAGCCCCGAGACCAGCACCACCUUCCUCUUCUUACGGAGCACCUGCACCACCAUCCAAAUCGUAUGGUGCCCCCCAGCAGCCAUCAUCAUCUUACGGAGCUCCUGCACCACCAUCCAAAUCGUAUGGUGCCCCCCAGCAGCCAUCAUCAUCUUAUGGAGCACCUGCACCACCCUCAUCGUCCUACGGCGCACCCGCGCAGCCUUCCUCUUCCUACGGGCCACCCAAGUCCGCACCCGCACCCGCACCACCAUCCUCCAGCUAUGGAGCACCUUCCCAAGGUCCCACGAACUCGUACCUGCCUCCCGUCUCGCGGCCCUCGAAGCCCUCCUCGGACUACAAUGCGCCCAGUGUGAGCAGCUUUGUUCCACUUGCAUCGGCGCCCUCGACCAACUAUGGUGCUCCAUCGAAGACCCAGUCGCUAGGAACCAGUGGAUACACCUCGGGGCCGGCCGCAUCCUACGAGGCGCCGGCGGCACCUCCCUCCUCGUCGUACGGUGCUCCAUCGGUCUCCUCAUCGUUCCAGCCAAUCUCAGUGCCCUCCUCCAGCUAUGGAGCUCCCAGCGCCGGAUCCAGUUCUAGCAGCUUUUCCUCGGCUCCUUCUUCGUCCUACGGUGCCCCAAGUAAGGGUUCCUUCCCAUCGGCGCCCUCCAGCUCUUACUCUGCCCCAAGCCCUAGCGCCAACAGUGGAGGAUCGUACCCUUCCGCUCCCUCAUCAUCGUACUCCGCCCCAAGUCCUAGUGCCAACAGCGGAGGAUCUUACCCAGCGGCUCCCUCGUCAUCGUACUCCGCGCCAAGUCCUAGUGCCAACAGCGGAGGAUCAUACCCAGCGGCUCCCUCGUCAUCGUACUCCGCGCCAAGUCCUAGUGCCAACAGUGGAGGAUCAUACCCAGCGGCUCCCUCGUCAUCGUACUCCGCGCCAAGUCCUAGUGCCAACAGCGGAGGAUCUUACCCAGCUGCUCCUUCGUCCUCGUACUCUGCACCUAGUCCUGGUGCCAAUAGUGGUGGACCGUAUCCAUCGGCACCAUCCAGCUCGUACGGUGCUCCCAGCGCCAGCUCGAAUAGUGGCGGACCCUAUCCGGCUGGCCCAUCCUCUUCGUACUCCGCACCCAGCAGCAGCUCGAACAGUGGUGGACCCUACCCAGCGGCUCCCUCAUCAUCGUACUCCGCACCAAGUCCCAGUGCCAACAGUGGAGGAUCGUAUCCUUCCGCUCCCUCGUCCUCGUACUCCGCUCCAAGCCCUAGCGCCAACAGUGGAGGAUCGUAUCCUUCCGCUCCCUCGUCGUCGUACUCCGCACCCAGUCCUAGUGCCAACAGCGGAGGAUCGUAUCCCUCCGCACCAUCCAGCUCGUACGGUGCUCCCAGCGCUAGCUCGAAUAGUGGAGGACCCUAUCCGGCGGCCCCAUCUUCUUCGUACUCCGCACCCAGCAGCAGCUCGAACAGUGGUGGCCCUUACCCUGCUGCCCCAUCCAACUCGUACUCGGCGCCAGCUGCUCCUCCCUCGUCUUCUUAUGGUGCCCCAGCCACAGGACCCUCAUCUUCGUACAGUGCUCCCUCCUCGUCAUACGGUGCUCCCUCGUCGGGAUCUAGCUCUGGAAGCUUCCGCUCUGGAUCUGGCUCUUCUUUUUCGACAGCUCCUUCAUUCGGCUCGUCUUCGUCCGGCUCGGGAAGCGGUGGCUAUCCCUCGGCUCCGUCCUCCUCCUAUAGCGCUCCAUCCAGCUCGUAUGGAGCUCCUGCUACUGGUGGCGACUCAGCUCUGAGCUUUCCCAGCGGUCCCUCGUCCAGCUACAGCUCUGCACCUGCCAGCGGAUCGUCCAGCUCUGGUUCGUACCCCAGUGCACCGUCGUCCUCGUACGGGGCACCCGCACAGGACUCCGGCUACAACUACUCCGGUCCCAGCCAAGUGCCCGAGACCAUCCAGCAGGGCUACAGCUCCGACGGCGGCUACACCUACCGCAAGAAGAAGUGAGCGGUGGUGAAGCCCUGCAUCGCAGCCGCCAAGUGCCUUCGAAUACUCGAAUCGAACCCAUCAUCAACCCGUCAUCGCUUUCAUCUCCAAUGCGUCGCCAUUUGUUUCUUACCUGUAAAUUAUUCCCCGAAUGACGCCCAAUCCGUCCGUCCAUUCUUCUUGUCUCCCAUUGAACUCUAGCCGUAAUUCACUGUAUCAUUAGAUAUAUGUAACAAAAUGUUUGUUGAAUAAACACGUUGAAGAU